AUGGCAGCCCUUGGCGAGGACCUUCUCAGCACCGUCAACAAGCUGCAAGACUUGACCUUCAACACCAUCGGCAAUGACUCUCUAGACCUGCCGCAGAUUGUUGUCGUCGGUUCUCAGUCGGCUGGAAAGUCGUCGGUCCUUGAAAAUAUCGUCGGUCGAGAUUUUCUCCCUCGGGGUGCUGGCAUCUGCACCCGUCGACCUCUGAUUCUGCAGCUCAUCAACGUUACCGACGACGAAUCUGCAUCUGACCCCGUCAACGACCCAUACCGCUCAGCCAGCUCUGCUCGCCGCUCAGAGUGGGCCGAGUUUACCCACAUCCCCAACAGAAGAUUCACAGACUUUUCCGACGUCAAGCGCGAGAUCGAGAAUGAGACAUCCAGGGUCGCCGGUAACAACAAGGGAAUCAACCGUCAGCCCAUCAACCUCAAGAUCUACUCUCCGCACGUGCUCAACCUGACCCUCGUGGAUCUGCCCGGUUUGACCAAGGUCCCUAUCGGAGACCAGCCCUCCGAUAUCGAGAAGCAGACGCGCAACCUGAUCUCCGAGUACAUUGCCAAGCCCAACAGCAUCGUCCUUGCCGUCUCCCCCGCCAAUGUCGACCUCGUCAACUCGGAAGCCCUUAAGCUCGCCCGCCAUGUCGACCCUCUCGGCCGACGCACCAUCGGCGUGCUUACCAAGGUUGACCUCAUGGACCACGGCACCAAUGCCCUCGACAUCCUUUCCGGCCGUGUCUACCCGCUGAAGCUGGGCUUUAUCGGUGUCGUCAACCGCUCGCAGUCCGAUAUCCAGUCCAGCAAGCCCAUGGAGGAUGCCCUCCAGGCCGAGAUGGACUUUUUCAAGCACCACCCCGCCUACCGCAACAUCGCCUCCCGUUGCGGCACGCGUUUCCUGGCCAAGACACUCAACACGACGCUGAUGAGCCACAUCCGGGAGCGACUGCCCGACAUCAAGGCGAGGCUCAACACCCUCAUGGGCCAGACCCAGCAGGAGCUUGCCAGCUACGGCGACAUGCAGUUCAGUGGCAAGGAGCACAGGGGUUCUCUUAUUCUUCAGCAGAUGACGCGGUUCGCCUCGUCCUUUAUCUCAUCCAUCGACGGUACCUCGUCCGAAAUCUCUACCAAGGAGCUCAGUGGCGGUGCCCGGAUCUACUACAUCUUCAAUUCGGUCUUUGGCAACUCGCUCGAGUCCAUCGACCCCACCUCCAACCUCACAGCUCUAGACAUCAGGACGGCCAUCCGCAACUCGACGGGACCCAGGCCCAGCCUGUUUGUGCCCGAGAUGGCCUUUGACCUGUUGGUCAAGCCUCAGAUCAAGCUUCUCGAGAUCCCCAGUCACCGUUGCGUGGAGCUCGUAUACGAGGAGCUCAUCAAGAUCUGCCACACCUGCGGCUCCACCGAGCUCUCUCGGUUCCCCAGGAUGCAGGCCAAGCUCAUCGAGACGGUAUCGGACCUCCUGCGCGAAAGGCUCGGGCCGACAUCCAACUACGUCGAGUCGCUCAUCUCGAUCCAGCGCGCCUACAUCAACACCAACCACCCCAACUUCCUCGGGGCCGCGGCUGCCAUGAGCAAUGUGGUCAGCGCCAAGCAGGAGCGGGAACGCAAGCGCCUGAUCCAGGAAGAGCGCGAGCGCAGGGAGCAGCGACGUCUCAAGGAGGCGGGCCCCGAGGGGGAGGCCGAGGGCGAGGAGGGAGCGGCCAACACGGAGAAGGCCGGCAAGGCGUCGUCAAAGCAGGUGUCCAAGGUGGCCAGGAGCAUGUCGCCUUCUGUGCGGGACAACGGGCACGGCAGCAUGAAAUCGGCCAUGAAUGGCGUCAACCGCGGCAUCUCGCCGGGCCAACUGCACGGGCAGGGGCUGAACAAUGCUAGAGACUCGUUCCUCAACUACUUCUUCGGCAAGGACGGCAUCUCGAGCUACGGCAACGCCCCGCCACCCAGCGGCGCCGGGGUCGGCAGCGGCCUCAACAGCAGCAGGCAACAGCAGAUUGGGCAGUCGGACUCGGUCUUCCCGCCCAGCAUACGCAGGGAUGAGCAGCUUCCCACCAGGUCACCCAGUACACUGUACGAUGAGGAUUACGAUAAGAAGGGACUCGCCGCGCACUUUGGUGAAUCCAACGAGCCUGCCCUGACGGACCGCGAGGCCAUGGAAACGGAGCUGAUCCGCGCCCUCAUCUCGUCCUACUUCAACAUCGUCCGCGAGUCCAUCGCCGACCAGGUCCCCAAGGCGGUCAUGCACCUCCUGGUCAACCACUGCAAGGACGUCGUGCAGAACCGUCUGGUGACGGAGCUCUACAAGGAGAGCCUUUUCGAGGAGCUCCUGUACGAGGACGACAAUGUCAAGAAGGAUCGUGAGAAGAGUGAGAAACUCCUCGAGACGUACAAGGAAGCGGCCAAGAUUAUCGGCGAAGUCGUGUAG